UGAAGGAUCUCUCCGCCGCCGUCUCUCCACCGUAACACCACCAACCAACUAACUUUCCUGCCUUUAUUCCCAUUCCCACAACUGUCACUAAUCACCAUCUCAAAUGAACUCCGCCUCCGCCACCGUCUUCAGACCACCAACGCGCUUUCCUCUUCUUCCACCAAAUUCACAUAACCCUAACCCUCCGCGCAUUCAAUACAAACCAAACCAUUCAAAUCCGCGCUCCAUUUCCACCAGAUCCCUCCAAAUCUCCCAUCGCAAACACGUAACGCCACCACAUCCUCCGGAAUUCUCGACGCUCACCGUCGCGGAGAAGCUCCAGAUUCUCGUCAAGGAAUUCAAAUCGUUGCCGGAGCCGAUCGACAGAGUGAAACGAUUGAUACAUUACGCAAGUCUCCUCCCGGAGUUUGAUGAGUCAGGUAGGGUGGAAUCAAACAGAGUAACCGGAUGUACGGCUCAGGUGUGGCUGGAGGUGACUAUGGAUGUGGAAGGAUCGAUGAGAUUUAGAGUCGAUAGCGAUUCGGAGAUCACAAAAGGAUUCUGUUACUGUUUGAUUUGGUUAUUGGAUGGAGCGGCGGCCGGUGAGGUUCUGGAAAUUAGGGUUGAGCAUUUAGAGGAAAUGAAUGUUGGAAUACUGCCGAUUAGGGCUAGUUCUAGAGUUAACACUUGGCAUAAUGUGUUGCUUAGCAUGCAGAGAAGAACCAAAGCUUUGAUCAUGGAGGCUUACGGUGAUCCCUCUCUUCCUUUAUUGCCAUGAUUUCCCUGCUAUUUUUUCUUCACAAAACAAAACCAUCUCCCAAUUUAACAAAAUCAUUCUUUACCCAAAUACAAAUUGGGUUUGGAUUUGAUAUCAAACUGUCAUCUGGUUGCUAAAGAUAUCUGGCAUUGAUGUUUUUGGAGAUGGUGAAAUCCGUGAUCAAUUUUGUGCAUAAAUUGUUAACGAUUUCAAGUUUGAACACGAGUUUCUUUUAUAAGAUACAUGAAGCAUAUGUGCAUGUGAAAUUGAAGAACUGAAUCAAGAGAAUUGAAUCAAGAUUAAACGGAACAAGAUUGGAAUUAUACAUAAAACAAGUACGGAUUUUGUAAACGGGAAAAAUACGAUCAAACUUGAUGGAUUUAAACCGAUGUUGUUGUCG